UUGUAGUCCACUUAGCUGCUGGCUUUUAGAGGGGCGGGGACGAGCCGGGUCGCUCUCGUCAGCUGAGGAGAAUGAUUCAUAGAGGAGGGUCGGGAGAGAACAGUUCUGGCUGCGAAAGCCCACUUAAAAGGCUGGACUCUUCCGCGAGGGAGGGAGAGGCAGGAGAGUAAGCGAGGCCUCGGGCCUGACCUCGCCUCAGGCCGCUCGUCAGGCCUCCAUCGAGUCCUGGGCCUUGUCGGGGGCGGCCGCGAGGCGCCGGUUGCUGGGGGACCGGUGACGUCGCGGGGUGAAAGUUGAGGGGCGGUGACGUCGGCCCUGCCCGGGCGGAGGCUGGCGGGUUGGAGGCAGGAGGGAGGGAGGGAAGGAGGGAAGGAAGGAAGCUGGGAACGAGCGAGCGAGCGGGGGCGCGAGGCGUUUACCUGGAGGCAGCGGCUUGGGCGCGCUGAGCGGCCGCGGCUCCCCCGCACCUGCGGCCAUGGAUGAGGAGCGCGCCCUCUACAUCGUCCGGGCCGGCGAGGCGGGGGCUAUCGAGCGGGUCCUGAGGGAUUACAGCGAUAAGCAUAGGGCUACUUUCAAAUUUGAAUCAACAGAUGAAGAUAAAAGAAAGAAACUCUGUGAAGGUAUAUUUAAAGUCCUUGUAAAGGACAUCCCAACAACAUGUCAAGUGUCUUGCCUGGAAGUUCUCCGCAUUCUCUCCAGAGACAAAAAGGUUUUAGUUCCUGUAACAACCAAGGAAAAUAUGCAGAUACUGCUGCGACUAGCCAAGCUAAAUGAGUCGGAUGAUUCUUUGGAGAAGGUGUCCGAGUUCCCAGUUAUUGUGGAGUCAUUAAAAUGUCUGUGUAACAUAGUGUUCAACAGUCAGAUGGCACAGCAGCUCAGCCUGGAACUUAACCUUGCUGCAAAGCUCUGUCACCUCCUGAGAAAGUGCAAGGACCGAAAGUUUAUCAGUGACAUUAAAUGCUUUGACUUGCGCUUGCUCUUCCUCCUGUCACUUUUGCACACCGACAUCAGGUCACAAUUGCGCUAUGAGCUUCAGGGACUAGCGCUGCUAACCCAGAUCUUGGAAAGUGCCUUUAGCAUCAAGUGGACCGAUGAGUAUGAAUCGGCCAUAGACCGUAAUGGACCUCCUCUCUCACCUCAGGAGACAGACUGUGCCAUCGAGGCCCUCAAAGCUCUCUUCAAUGUGACAGUAGACAGUUGGAAGGCACAUAAAGAGAGUGAUUCUCAUCAGUUCCGUGUCAUGGCAGCUGUCCUUCGCCAUUGUUUACUAAUCGUAGGUCCAACUGAAGACAAAACAGAAGAGCUGCACAGCAAUGCAGUCAACCUUUUAAGCAAUGUUCCGGUCUCUUGUUUGGAUGUUCUCAUUUGUCCAUUAACCCAUGAAGAAACAGCCCAAGAGGCAACGACUCUAGAUGAACUGCCCAAUGAUAAAACAGCUGAGAAAGAAACUGUUUUGAAAAACAAUACCAUGGUAUACAAUGGUAUGAAUAUGGAAGCCAUUCAUGUUUUACUCAAUUUUAUGGAGAAGAGAAUAGACAAGGGAAGCAGCUAUAGAGAAGGUCUAACUCCGGUUCUCAGCUUAUUAACAGAAUGUUCCCGAGCCCAUCGAAACAUCAGAAAAUAUCUCAAAGAUCAGGUUUUACCACCAUUGAGGGAUGUGACAAAUCGUCCUGAAGUUGGCUCAACUGUGAGAAAUAAGCUGGUGCGCCUCAUGACACAUGUUGACCUUGGAGUCAAGCAGAUUGCUGCUGAAUUCCUUUUUGUCCUUUGCAAAGAGAGAGUGGAUAGCCUGCUGAAAUACACUGGCUAUGGGAAUGCUGCAGGACUGUUGGCGGCCAGGGGCCUCUUGGCUGGAGGAAGAGGAGAUAAUUGGUACUCAGAGGACGAGGACACAGACACUGAAGAAUACAAAAAUGCAAAACCAAACAUUAAUCUUAUCACUGGUCAUUUAGAGGAACCAAUGCCAAACCCCAUAGAUGAAAUGACAGAAGAACAAAAAGAAUAUGAAGCCAUGAAACUUGUCAACAUGCUUGAUAAACUCUCCAGAGAGGAGUUGCUUAAACCAAUGGGACUAAAACCUGAUGGGACAAUAACGCCUUUGGAGGAAGCACUCAACCAGUACUCUGUCAUCGAAGAGACCAGCUCUGACACAGACUAAAAGCGUCACCUGCCCAACUCUCAAUAUUGCUUUUAUCAGCAUCUUUUCUCUGUAGCUCCAGGGGAGUCUUUUCUCUAAAACAUUUAUGCCCUUGCUUUGGCUAGAAACACAUUAACUGGUUUACUCAUUGAGAAUCCAGCAUAUUUAAGAGGUGAUCCUGUGUUUUUGCGAUACCGAGGCAUUCCUACAGAGCUGCAGUUAGAUGGAGUUGCAGGGGCUAAAAACACAGAGAAAGAGUAAUUCCAUUUCAUCAGGAUGGAACUGAAAGGACUUCGUUCUGCAAAGCAGCCCUGGUUGAAUCUGGCUGUUCUGUUUGCCAAGGUUCUUAGAAGAGAGUCGCGUCCUUCCUCUCACCGGUGAAAGCUGCCCUCCUGAAUCUCUCCAGCAGACAGCGGCACGUGAGAAGCAGAACGAGCUGCUAAUAAACAAGGGCUGAGGCAAGCGACUUCUUAGAUCAGGACUGACCACGUGGAAGCCAAGCAGCUGCUCCAUAAACCUAGCCCCACUCUUCAUUUCAAUUUUGUAUAAAGAUGUGGAAGUGCACACACAAACACGCACACACACAGCCCCAGACUUGCAAACUGAUUACAUUCUGAAAGUUUGUAUGUCGCUUAUCUAGAACUUCAGAAUACAUUUCUCCCCAUAAAGGGUUAUAAAUGAUGGUUUAGUUCUGAGGCAGCUACAAAUGCCUAUUUAUUCCCUUAUGUACCUUAACACUAGACCCAUAGAACUGAACCUCCCCCGCCCCGUCUGUAUCACUGCAUGGGAGCGUGCGUUCUGAGCUCUGACCCAGGGUGCCAGGAACACACAUCCUCCGAUCCAGCAGAGGGGAUGGGGACUCCCCGAGUCCUGGGGGUUCUUGUGUGGCCUCUGCCGGGGAUAGAGGGAGUCAGCGGCACCCAUCUGUACAUACAGGUCAUUCAUACGUCACAGGUUUUAAAUUGGGGACUGUGUGUGUGCCUGUGUGUGUGUUCAGCCUUUCUACCCUAGGUGAUCAGUUUAAUGGUAACUUUAUUUAUUUAAAAAAAGAGAAAGAAACACAAGUAGUUACUGUUAAACUGAUUAAAGCUGUUUAUUUUUACUUCUAGAAUUGGUCAUAGGAGGAAGUAGAAAAUGGAUCCUGCAGUAGACAGCGGGCCUAGUCAGUCAGUGGCUAAAGCCUAAAGGGGUCGGUUUCCUUUUAUAUGUGUAUGUAUGUAGAUAACACACACAUACAUACAUAUAUACACAUAGAUGAUGUGCUUAACCACUGCCUUUUAAAACUUUAAAUUAAAUAAAACAUUGGGGUUGAUUCAAUGUAGCCAUCUCUGUGUGUUUCUUUAUAGAUUACCUGGGGUAAACAAUAUCCCAGAAUUUGUGCUUCUCUGAAGUGCUUUCACAUCCAUUAUCUGACCUACCACAAGAGCCUUUUUAAGGAUAGGUAAAGUACACGGAGUAUUAGUGAAAGGUGUCAUUUAGCCAGAAGUCUCUUCUCUGGCAAAACAACAGUUCAAGGAUGGAAUUUUAAAAGGCCUUUGAGCUACCAAAAGAGGUCACUAGAGUUUCUUGCAAUUUACUCAUAGGAGAGAUCCUCAAGAAUCUUUUUAUUUACUAAAAUCUGCAUACAUUUAUAACAGGUUUAGUUCUCUGGCUUUCAAGCCCAUAAAAAGUGGCAAAGGAGGCCGACAGAUGGAAGACAGGUUGACCGAAAGCCACCCAAGGUCAACAGAAAACUGGACAGGAAGGCGGAGAGAAGGAGGAACACCACUCCAGGCAUCACCAGUCUGGGACAGUCUGUUUCCCAAAGGACAGUCUGGUUGACCCAGAAAGAUCUGUACAAACAGUACAGCCCAUAGACAAGUUCGCAUAGAGAUGACCCAGAGUUUAUUUUUAAAAACUGAGUAAAUCCAGAAUACACCAGAAUAAAAGGCUAGGAAGAAUACAACCCACUUCACGAUUUUCAUCCCGAUGGUUAGAGAAGUGGUGGGUAACCCACGUUUUAACAGCAAAUGAAAUGAAACUCGGUAAUUCAUAAGUUAAGAUUAUGUGGGAAAGGUUUAGAAAAAAGUACUUUUGUUACUUCAUUCUACAAAUGCAUUUUUAGAGUAUUUUUAUAAUUUCUACAAUCAAAUAGCUUUGGCCUGAAGACGUGUCUCCUGAACUAGCAUCUUGCCAGCUUCUGCAGAGGGUCUGAAUGGUCCUGUGUAAGUAGCUGUGCUCCUGUGCUUUCAAGGAGUUUGGGUUCUCUCUGAGGUUCCCCACGCCAGGCACUAAGCUCUGUUUUUGAAGAGAGCGUUUGCAGGGGGAGACGAGGGACCUCAUUUUGCUCACGGAAAGAGAACGAACAUCUGCAGAGUGCUUACUAUGGGCUGGGUUUUUUGUGUCUCUUCUCACAUGUAACCUCAUCGCAUCUCAUGUGGGAGACCAUCUCUGGAAGGCCUCAGUUUCCCAGUGUCACAGCAAUAGGAGUCCGAGUCUGGCCGGCCCGACUCCCGGCACCUCCUGCGCCUCCCCACCCUGACCACCCAGGUCCUCGCUCUGCCUCCUAGGGCUCUGGAAUGCUGGACAGAGGGCAUUCUCAGGCCACUUUAAGCAAUAGCCAUUUCAGCAGAACAGUUUAAGGAACUUUCUAAGCAGGGAGGGGAACUGGAGUUGAACUGUGAGCGGGAAACUUGCUCAGGACUGGAUUUCAAACAAGGGCCUGGAAUCUUUUGGGUUAGAGACGUGGGCUGCCAGCUUUCCCCAGACAGAUGCUCACCACGGUGGCCCGCAGUGGGGAUGGUGAGAACAUGCUGGCCACCCGCACUCUAUGGUCUGAGUGCCCACAGCCCUCCUGACUUUCGACAUGGUAAGGAAGUGUGUGUCCUGAAGUAAGGCACUCGAGCCAUUGCUUUGGAGUAGCAACCCAUCGGCGUGUAGGGCCCUUUCACUCACCCAGUGGUCCUGGGAGGUGGACAGACAGGGGUUCUUCUCCCUCCUUUAUAAAUGGAGACACUGCCUGAGGCAGUGCAAGUACUGAGUAUCCCUUUAUCACAUCAGUCUGGCCGCCUCCCAGUACUAGGUGUCAGGUGUCCCUUGUAUGGGCUUCUCCCCACCCUACCCCACCAUUGUAAAGGCAAUAUAGAGGUUCAUUGGUUAAAGUUUGGAAAAUGCAGAAAAUUAAAUAAAGUUAAUCCACCCAAAUCCCACCACCGAGAUAAUCACCUGUUAAUGUUUUAGUGUAUGUCUGUCCUGUAUUUUUUCUAUGCGUAUAUAAUUCAUUUUAUUACAAGAUUGGGAUCAUACUGUAUUUGCAGAUGUGUACCCUGCUUUCUUUAACAUAUUGUGAGCAUUUUCCUACGUCAAUAAAUAUUCUUC